CAUUCAACAAGUAUAUAAGUGAACUUAUCAUUAAAGAUUUAUCGUUAUUUUUUGAUUACUAAAAGUUUGACGAUGAUUAUCAUCAUUAGUGUAUUUUGCAGUUUUUUCCUCUCAAUUUCAUGCAAUGUUGGGAUUUUUAAAAAUGAUUAUUUUAUUCCAAAAAUAAUUAAUGGAGAAGAUGCCAAAUUUGGAGAAAUUCCUUAUCAGGUAUCACUUCAAAAAAUUGCAAAGAAUUUUCAUUUUUGCGGAGGAUCAAUUUUAAGUGAAACUUAUGUAAUUACAGCGGCACAUUGUGUAGUAAGUAAAAAUGCAUCUGAUAUACAAGUGAUAGCUGGUACUUUAAAAUUAAGUGAGCCAAAAUCAAUUCAUCAUGUUGAUGAAAUAAUUGUACAUAAAUUUUACAACAGAAAGGAUUCAUGGAAAAAUGAUAUUGCUUUACUGAAAAUACAAGAUCACUUUAUUCUGAGCGAUGUAAUACAAAUAAUUCCUCUUCCUGAAUCUAAAAUGAUCAUUGAGGCAAAUCAAAAGGCAGUAGUUUCUGGUUGGGGUAGACUUAAAUACCUUGGGCCUAAACCUGAUCAUUUACAACGUGCUGAAAUUCUCACAGCUGAUCAAAAUUAUUGCAGAAAAGUUUAUAGAAAGCAUGGUUAUUCUAUUCAUGAUUCUCAAAUUUGUGCCUAUGAUCCAAACAUUAAGAGAGGAUCUUGUAAGGGUGAUUCUGGUGGUCCUUUGACUGUGAGAGGAGUUCUUGUCGGUCUUGUUUCCUGGUCGAAUGGUUGUGCAAAAACCAACUAUCCUACAGUUCAUACUAGAGUAUCAGAAUUUUUAGAUUGGAUUAGAAUACACUCUAUUAUUUAAGCAAAUUUUCAGUUUUUAAGUAACUGGAAAUUCGAUUUCUUUUAUGAAUUUCUAUUUAUUGACAUAAAAUAUAGUAAAAAUAAUACCAAGACCCAAAAUAUUUCCGGUCUAUAUAGUUAUCUAUUUGGGACAGAUAAUGUUGACGUAUAAUAAGUUCCGGAAGAACUGCUUUGUAAUGAAUUCACUUUUACUAUACGACGCUAAAUCUUACUGAUAGUCCUAUUUUGAAAACACAAAAUUUUCUGCGAGCGUAAUACAAAUUAGCAAAAACUCAGCCACAAUAGUAGAUUAUUUUACAAAGUGAAGUCUUAAUUUUCUUUUUACAAUUUUCUAAAAUAGACAUUAUUUUAUCAUAGGUAAUUAUUAAAAUGUAAAUAUUUAAUGAACUAAUAGAUUAAUUAUAUUAAAUAAAAAAUGGACUAAUAAAAAAAUAAAUGAAGUAAUAAAAAAUUAAGUGAACUAAUAAAAAUAUUAACUUCAAUAAAUUAA